GUUUUUACCCAAUAUACAACGUAAUAUACAGUAUCUGCGAGAGCUGAUAAACAAGCAACACUGUAUGACUGUCUGUAGUCGGGAGUUAGCAAUCCGUGAGACAAGCUUUUGUGAAAUAACUAAACAAUGGCGUGGGAGAUUCCUUCAUGGAUCGACGAAGCCUUUCUUGCUUCUACCCUCCAAGGAGACGACACCAAGCAAAAUGUUUCGAUUGUCAAGUAUUCAGUAAAGCCGGCUGUACCAACUGGUGAAAACUACUCCAGCCAGAUAUAUAGAGUCGCUGUAAAUUACACAACAGACAAGUCAUCUACAGAGCAAACCACAUCGCUCAUAAUCAAGGCACCGCACACUAAAGGAAUUGCUGCUGAAUUUACUAGCAUGUUCGUGGAAUUCGACGUUUUUGCCAAAGAGAAAAGAAUCUACGAUGAGCUGUUACCAAAGAUGCAUGAUAAAUUAAACCUCCAGUUUGGUCCAAAAUUUCUCCACAGCCCAGUAGAAAAGGUGUUGGUUCUACAGGAUUUGAACGAAGGAGGCUAUACUAUGGCUAAACGCCAUCAACAACUUGAUUUUCCUCACUGCUCACUGGUUUUGUCAGUCCUAGCGAAAUACCACGCUUGUUCAGUAGCGAUUCACAAGGAAAACCCAACAUUUCUUGAAGGUCUCGGUAGAGAACUCUUGUACAGUAAUGAAAGCCCUAUUGGUCAACAAUUAAAAGGAUGGACAGGCCCUUUAUUCAACAUCAUCGGUGGAAUUUUGCAAGAGAAGGGUGGUUGUGAACAGUAUAUAGACUUUCUAUCAAGCAAACUCGAUGGGCUAUGGGACUCUUUCGUUGAAAAAUUCAAACCCAGAGAGAAAGGUCUAAAUGUCCUCAACCAUGGAGACUUUUGGGUGAAUAACAUGUUAUUCAAGUACGACGAUUCUGGAAAAGUCAAAGAAGUUAAAUUCAUCGAUUUUGCUGCUGCUAGGUACACGACUCCAGCAACUGACAUCGUCUACUUCAUAUGGAGCAGUGCAAACGAAGAUGUGCGAGAGAAUCGGCUGGACGAGCUAAGUGACGUGUACCUCCAGAGCCUCAAUGCGACAUUGGAGCUGCUGAAGUGCGAGGAACGGUUAUCCAAGUCGGAGUUGACAAAGGAACUCAAAUGUUUCAGUGACUGGGCGUUCACUCUUAUCUGCCAGUUUUUACCUCUAGUACUGACAGAUUCUAAAGAUGCCAUCAACACGGAGGAGCUCACUCUGGCGGAUAUGGAUCUCAGUGACCCUUCAAACCAAAUGCUAAAGAUGUAUGAAGGAAAACUGUUUCAAGCUGCUCUUCCAACUGCUUUGAGACAUCACCAAAAGUGGCUAUCUUCCUUGGAGAUAUAGUUAUUUCAUCUGGAACAAAAAUUGAACCUAUAUUCAUUACUCAAAUGUAUUGCUUAAGCUUAUCAUACAAUUAAACAUGUGUGCGUUAGGUAGCUUCUUUUGAAGCCCAGUACUGCCAGAUUAAAAGUUAAGUAUGUAACAUUCCAGUAACAUAAUGCAUUGUAUGAUUGGAGUAUUUUUAGUUUAAUGAUGAACCGUUUGUACGAUAAUCGUACAGAGCUAAACAUGUAAUCGAAAUUAAAUGUCGUAUGAUAAACAGUUAUCUAAUACUUAAUUAAUUUUUAAACUUCGCAAAAGAUUUUAAACAAAAUUAAAAAAAAUACAAUCAAUUAACUUAGGUCUCUUUACUUAUUGAAGUAAAAUAGCAUUUAUUAUACAUCACAACUUCUGCUAAAGAAUAUUUUAAAAGAAUUUUUUAAAUUAAUUUACAAAUAUAAUAAAACUGAAAAAGACAAAUUUAUAGCCAACGGCAAUUUUUUAAAGUCUCUUUUCUUAUUUUUGGACUUGCUUCUAAACUUGCGAUCCGUAUAUUACAACGAAGUACUAGGAAAAGUGCUUUAGUCUAAUAAUAUAUAUCCCAAGUAAUACAUGCCCAUUUUCCUGAAGGAUUCCUUGUUCAAGACAUUACAUAAUAAUCGGCCAAUGUUACGUUGUUUUUGGACCCGUUUAGAAUUCAUAAGUAAAACAGACAGUAGUGACAACAUAAAGUUCUUUCUGAAAUUGUUUUAAGAAAUCGCCAAAAUGGGCAUCUCCCACGAAAGUAUAAUCGUUUCAUCCAGAAAAAUUGAACCAAUUUUCAUUUUUUUAAUUUGAACAAGCUUAUCAUGCAACUAAUUAUGCAAUGUAUGUGUUUGGUAGCUUCUUUCGAAGCACAUUAUUGUUAGAGUAAAAUUAUAUUAUGUAAAUGACAUAAAAUGUUGUGUCAUUUUAGUAAUAGUCUUAGUCUGUAAAUAAUAAUAUUAUGGCAACUGUAAAAAUCACACUAUUUUACAAUUUUUGGAUGGAAGAGUAGUCAGAUUUCUUGUACGGUGACCAUUCAAUCAAUCUACACUUCAUGUUUGUAGUUUUUAAUUUAUGUCAACUUUCAAAAUAUAAAAAAUGUUAGUUAAUACUAUAGAAAGUCAUAGAAUACAGGUAAUAAAGAAGAUUUUAAAAUAAAAUAUUUAAAUGCAUUGUAAUAAAUCUUGUACGUAACAGAAAAUUUAAUAAACUACGAGUAAGAUAUCUAUAAAUUCUUAAUAUUAAAAUUUAGAUUUUCUUUUCUGCAAAAGUGAAGAAAUUACUAAUUUAAACAUUCAAUUAUUAACAAUAUAUCAUGUGACGUACGUGAAACGAAAAUACUGGAUUUGAUUUAUUUGUUCUUAGAUGUGUUUAGGAAACGUAAUAUCAAUAAUUAUUAUAUAUCGUACUUUUUUAGUAAGUAACAUUGAAGCUACAAAUGUAAUAAAACUUAAGUAGACUUACUUUUUAUAUUUUAUAACCAACGAUCCUUUAUUAAGUUGUUGCUUUAUUUACUUUGUUUUCUUAACUUUUUGUUAUUGUACAACAAAGAGCUGUAUAAAGUCCCGUAACACAAUUAAUUAUUGAUAUCACAAGUAAUGUAUGUUUCAAUGCCAAUUUUAAAAUAUUCAAUAGUAUUGUCAACUUUUGACUUUCGUGGAAUGUGUUAGUGUAGUUUGCUAACUAGGCAGAGUUCAAGUUCCGAUUUCAUAGUAGCUGGUAAAAAAGUUUGUUAUUUUUAGAGUGCAAACAUUUUAAUGAUCCAAGGUAUCAUAGUAUACAUAUUACAUAAUGAAAUAAUUUAUCAAUAUGUACAGUAUAGAAGCAGAGAUUUACUAAUCAAAUUCUGAUUAAUGCCAAUUUUAACAAUGCCUUCAUUAAUAUUAAGUACUUGUAUAAGAAUAAUACAAUUCUUUAUUUAUAUAAUACUUUGUAACCGUGUCUUGUUACUAAUGUCAUUUAUAUUAUUCAUAUCAGCUUUUACGUAUGUUGUAAGAAAUAAAAUGAAUUGUACUGUAAAA